AAGUGCGUCACGGCGGGCGCGCGCGCCUGCGCCAGGGCGGCCGAUUCGAACGGCGGAGGGCGGUUGGGCGGCAGCCGUUGGGCCCGGCCUCGGCGGCGACAGGAGGAGAAAGAGGAGGAGGAGGAGGAUGAAGCGCACGGCGCCCCGCAGCACUUUGCGGAAGAUAAUAAAGAUGCACAAGCCGCAGUUACGCCUGGCGGCUAACACCGACCUGCUGGUGCAUUUGAGCUUCUUACUGUUUCUCCAUCGGCUAGCAGAUGAAGCCAGGACAAAUGCUUUUGAGAACAAAAGUAAAAUAAUUAAACCCGAGCACACUAUAGCUGCAGCAAAGGUUAUUUUAAAGAAAAGCAGAGGCUAGAAAAAAGAACAAUGGAAUUUCAAAGCAUGUUUUUCCGUGUUUUCUUACUAAUGUGAGAUCCUGUGAGCCAGCUUUUGCACUUGUGGAAGUCUUUAGUUUUAUUGAUGUCUGUCUCCUGACUCUGAGUAUCUUGCUGUUUCUUUAAAAAAAUAAUUUAAGAACCUUACAAUGUAUAUUUUCAUACACUUCAUGCAUAAUUUUAAAAUGCGUGUCACUUGUCACUUAAGACUUUUGAUGUACCUUAUUUCUUCCAUAAUAAUGAAGGAAUGCCUAUACCAUACUCACUCUUUAGGUACAAUGUGUCAUUAAUUAUUAGAUGUGUGAAACUUUAAAAGGAGAACAGUAAUAAAAAUGCAGGUUUCACUAAAUCCAUUAUAGAUUAUGAAGUUCAAAGCAGAGUCACCAGCUCUACAAAAUCUUGGCUUUCAAAACAAGCACUAGAGAAACUACUGUAUUAAAUAUCUUGGCUUCAAUUUAUUUAUAAAUGUCUUAAUAUUUUUAAAUGGCUUUGAAAAGUAGGCUAGAACUUCUGUGUUCUGGGAAAGAAUACUUAUUUUGUAUUUCUAAAUCAUGCUCUGAACUGUUAAGCUGGCCUAUUGUUUGAUGUGGUAUAUGAGACAAGUUGGUGGUCUCUAAUUCAGUUGGUGUAGACAGAUGCACAUUAUGGGAAAGAAAAGAUCUGGCACAGCUGAUGUUUUUGAAGUUAGAUCCUGUACACAUAGUGAAGAUAAACUGGCAUGAGUGCCAAGCUACUUCCUUCCCCUUCUGACUCAAAAGUGUCAUCCCAACUUGUUAGAAGUCUGGAAAUCUACAUUAUAUAAAAAUAUCUUUAAUUUAAUUUUCUAUUCCUAAUCUAAUAUUUUUAAACAGUCGCUGAACACUUUGCUUAAUAAAUCUUUUAAUGAAGAUAUAGUUGUAUCUCACAGUGUGACCUGAUAAUACAGGGGUUUGGAAUAUGUGGUAGCUGAUCCUUCACACACACAGUGAGCUAUUCUUAAAAUAAAGUUUUUAAAAACAUUG